AUGAAAGAAGAUAGUCAGGAUGGGCAGGAAAAAUAUGAAAACGUCGAUAAGCUGUUGUAUUGUAUUAAACUUGAAGAAAUUGAAAUAAAACUUGAAAAUGAUCAAGAUGCCCAGGAGAAAUAUAAAAGUACUGAACAGCAGUCUUGUAUUAAAUUUGAAGAGAUAGGAGUAAAAGUAGAGAAAAAUGAUCAGGAUGGUGGCUUCUCUCGUGGACCGUCGUUAGAUACACAAAUCUACCAGUGUAAUAGAUGUAAAUAUGAAACUAAACUUAAGGCAAGUCUGAAAAGGCAUCAGCGGACACACAAAAACCCCUCAAAAGUACAAGCGUACCAGUGCGCCACCUGCAGUUUUGAAACCAACUACAAGAGCAAUUUGAACAGACAUCAGUCAGUGGUACAUAAAGAAGUGAGGACCUACAAGUGUGAUAUGUGCAGUUAUGAAGCGAAAGUCGAGACUCACCUAAAAACGCAUCAGUUAAUCCACAAAGAUGCAUUAAAUAUCCAAAUGUACAAGUGUGAUACAUGUAGAUAUGAAACUAAACGAAAGGGUGAUUUGAAAAGCCACCAGCUAUUGCACAAAGACCUUUCCGAAAUCCAAACGUACAAAUGUGAUAGUUGUACUUAUGAAGCUAAGUAUCCUAAAUGUCUAAAAGUGCAUCAGUUAUUGCAUAAAGACCCUUCUGAGAUCCAAAUGUACAAGUGCGCUACAUGUAGCUAUGAAACUAAACAUAAGAGCCAUUUAAACAUGCAUAAGUUAAUGCACAAAGAUACUUCGGAAAUCCGAAUGUACAAGUGUGAUGUUUGCACUUACGUUAUUGAAACCGCCAAUAGUCUGUAUUUAUCAACUCAAAAUAUACUAUCCGUAGACGAUGAAGAAAUAGGGGGGAGAAAUAGAAACUGUCACAAUAUCUAA